UCCAGUCACUACGUCACCGCAGCGCGACUCGUGUUUUCGGUGGAAGAGAGCGAAAUCGAGAGCAAAAUAGAGAGAGAGGGGGGAGAGAGACCAUGUAAAAACACGCUGCUGUGCUGAAUGGACAUGAGGUAUUUACAUUACAACCGUGUCAGUGUGUGGAAGAGAUGAAACAGUCCUGAAAGACUCGGUCGGUGUCCUCCUUAGGAGCUUUGCGGGCGAUCAUGAUGGAAAAGUGUCUGUGGUGCACCACGGCCCUGGAAGCGGAUGGAGAUGUGGCAAUCGUCGACAUGUUGCGACGCUACAGCUUAGGGAAGCUGUCUGAGGGUGUGAUGAAGUCUUUGAAUGAAGACCUCAGCUACUGCCCGGAGUGUGUGGUGGAGUAUCAUCGAGCCAGAGACAAGGUCCCUGAUUUGCGCAAGCGUUUGUGGGAAAUGGAAAAGGCUCGACUCCUGAGUGUGUUGAAAUUUAAUCUGGACAAGGAGCUGGGAGAGGAUGAUCUAUUUAUCAUCGAAGAUGAUCUUGCGAAGCCAGUGUCGCUGAUCUCUCCUGCAGAAUUCUACGAAAGUCUGCGCUACCCACUUUUUGAAGUUCUGAAGUAUCCGUACCUGCUUUGCCACCGUGAUCUGUGUGAUAUGGUGGUAAAGGCCUUAUGCAAGUUGCAGGAUAUGAAUAAGUCCUUUACUGUGUUUGAAAAGCAUCAAGGAACAUAUCUGCUUCUUGUUCAUCCCAAUGAACAGGUGCGGCGUUGGGCAAUCGAUGCUGCAAAAACUAUGAAGAGUGUGGACCGGGACGCCUACUAUGACCUUCAAGACAUAUUCUUUUGCAUGUUUUAUGUCAUUGAGCUUGGAAUAUCUUUGGAUGUUCCAGACUUGGAUCCUGAGUCUUACGCAGGGGGCACUAUACCAAUGCUGCCGUCUCACCUCUAUGAUUCGCAAAAUAAGAAGAAUUACUGGCUAGGCAUCUGCAUGUUGCUAACACAGCUUAGUGCUGAGGCAAUGGACUCUCUGUUCAUGGGACAGUUUAACAUCCCGCUUUGCAUACUCAACACCAUGGAUAAGCUGAAAAAUGAGGAUAACCCAGCUUCCGACCCAUUCUGGCCAGCCCUCCACUGCUUUAUGGUAAUUCUGGACCGGCUUGGUUCUAAGAUCUGGGGUCAGGUUGACCCUAGUAUGGCUUUCCAGACCAUCACUGGAGCAACCAGCUAUGAUAUGGAAAUAAGAAGCAUCCAGCAAAAAACCAUGGGGACUAUGUUUAAAGUAGAGCCUGAAUAUGAUGACAACAUGGUGACUUGCAGUCAGAUGGUGUACGACUGUUAUGCCUCAAAACCAAACCAAGCAUCUGGUUCGUCAUCCAACAGUGGCAUUUGCAGCAACUAUGUGAUCUAUGAGGAUAUGCAGUCUUUGGUCAAAGUGCUUGAUUCUGAGAUGGGCCAGAGCAUGCGUGUAUAUGGAAGCACUUUUCUGUGGUUCAUUCCAUUUGUCCGUUCCAUAAUGGAACUUCCAGAGCUCAAUGCCUCCUUUAUCAGUGAAGUCAUUCACUAUCUUUGUGAUAAGAUUCUAGCUAAUCGACAUGUACUGACCGGACAGACAAACAUGUGCGAUAAAGUAACCGAGUUCUUCACCCGCAUCCUCAUUCAAAUUGUUGAGCUACACUCCACGGAAGGACGUAUGGGAAUACUUACUCGCUGUGCCCCAAAGUGGGUUGAAGUGAUUGUCAUGUGCAUUGUCCUAUCGGAUGAACCACAUGGACCACCAGACAAGAUGGGUGGGAUUCACAGCGUCAGUUCAACCUCGUACAAUCUGGGGAUGGUAGGAAGACUGCCUGCGUCUGGAGGUGGCAUUGGUGCCAUAGUUCUAGGCUGCAUGGCACUGAUUCGACUGCUGCUGAAAGAAGGCAUAAAGACGGGAUCUGUCCCAAGUGCAAGCCAUUUUUUGAAUUUACUUAACAAGCAGCUGCGUGGAGCUACAAACAAACGAUGGAAUUUAAAACAUUCUGAAUCUAUAGAGCUUCAAAAGUGUUUAAAAUCUGUUGUCCGGUCGAUGCAAGAAAAAACUGUCGCUCCAACCUCUGUGGUUCCAUCACCAUCUACAUCAUCGGUGGAGGCAACUACAAACACUGUAAUUUCCAGAAAAUCAAUGCCAACCCUGCAACAACAACAUGAGGAACAGGGUCCGAGCAGAGCCUGUGGCUCCUCAUUUAUUAAAGAGGAGCCACAUUUGAAUUAUGGCGAUUGCUUCUUGGAUGAGGAGUUCUGCAGCGGUCUUGAGAACAUCAUAAAGGCUAAAAAGGAACCUCCUGCCCCCGUGUUCAUUUCAGAGCUGAGACCUUCUGUUGAGUUGGAACAUAUUAAACCAGAUCUGGAUAAGCUGCAGGAAAUUCGAUCCAAAUUAAAUAACCAGAAUUUGUUAAAGAUUGAAGCCAUUACCAAAAAGCCUGGUGAAUCUUUAAAACCUGUUCAUUUGGCAUCGGCUAAGGAGAAACGUGGUUUUCAAGCUACUGAGGAGGAUGAUUCAGAUGAUGAUGAACCCCUCAAUGUUAGACGAGCCCAAUUGAGAAAAUCUGCUCAACACAAGGUUGAGUCCAGUGACUCUGAAGUUUACUGUAGGGAUGUUGGAAAAACGCAUACCAUGUCCACUGGCAACUCAAAGAAAAUCGUAGAGUCCAGUACCAUUGUUAUCUCUGAUGAUGAAGAUUCUGAUCAUGCUGAAGGACUAAAAGACAUCAGUUGGCCUGUUGAAAAGCAAUGUGCCACGAAAAAUAAAUCUACAGGACAUCCUGAUUUGCCUGAGAGUCCAGGGCGUGAUUAUGAUGAUCUCAGUGAGUCACAAGUGUUUGAGUUUGAGACCCAGCAAUAUGUGGCAUCUGCCUGGAAUGAUCCGGCUUUUGAUGAAUCAGUCUUGACUAAGAAAUCGGACCAGACACUCAAACCACAGGUGGAAGAAGAUCCUCAUGAAGCAUCUCCCUCACGGAGUUCAGACAAUGGCAUGAUUCCAGAUGAGGCAUGUCGGCAAGCAGAAGAUGAGACCAGACAACAGCCACAGUCACAAGAGCCAGCGGAUCCAGGUGAAUUGUCCAAAGCAUCCAGUAAUGCAGAAAGCUGGGAUAAAUUUGUCCAAACCAAACCAAAACCUCUGCAGGUUAAAAGCACAAAAACCAUUCCAUCUGAGAAGACAGACAAGUCCAAGCCUAAAAAGCCAGUGAUAAUUGAUGCCCUUGCUCGAAAAUUCAGACGCCACCACUUGAAACGCAACUUCAUGUCUAUGGACGUUGAAGAACCUUCCUCGACCUCAUCAACUACUUCAUCCUCGUCUGGUGUUCAGCCUUCCUCUCCAUCCUCCAGCUCCGGUUCCUCUUCUUAUUUUUCUGCUUCCACCUCACGGGGCACCCCUGCCAUUGUUCCUCCAAAGAAGGUGCGUAAAGCUGUUGAGCCAGAAUCAACAGCGGAGCGUUUAGGAUUGAAAAAGAAGGAAAGAAAAGCCUUUGAUCUUUCUCAGCGUUCACUAGAUUGUGUGGCUAAACUGAGGUGCCAUGGCCAGAAAUUGCAGGUUGAACCACAACAGAAGACAAGGCGAGCGAGUCGGACCAGUAAGACCUCACCGCAGAAACGUAUGGUGAAAGGCAACAAGAAACUUAUGGGAUCUCAAGAUUUUCAGUUUUACAAGCAAAGUCGUGAGAAACAACAGAGGCCAGCAACAGGAGCUGUCACAACAUUUGCUCAAAAACCAGCAAAGACAAAUCAGCCAGGUGAUGUACCCUUACCCAAACCUACAGUUACAAGCAAUGAGAAUGGUGAUUUUGUUCCCUGGUUUCAACCAGAUCCUGAUCAGAAGCAGAAUAAUGAAAAUACUACAUCGGAAUUCGGGGACUCUAAAGGGGAUGGGAUUGGAAGUAAUAGGACAAUAAUAGAGUCCAAGUACUUUCAAGCCAGUGAGCCAGCUGAUGUCAACAUGGAAAAAGAAAAAGCCACCCAGGCACCCAAAGAGGACGUUGAUGAAGAAUGGAUGUUUCUCACUCAGAUGGGACCCACUGACAUGGAACUGUGCUCUCAAAUGGAGGAGCUUGAGGAUGAAAAUGAAGAACUCUUUCUGACCCAGAGAGAUCCUGUCGACAUGGACCUUGAUUCAGAAAGUGAGUCAGAUUUCCCCGAGCAGCCAGUGUCGGCGCAUAAACCAUUUCAGACUAAUGCCCCUAUUCCGAGCACCAUCUGUAAGGAAAAAGUUGCUGAUCAUUUGUUCUUGAAGCCUGGCCUGCCACCAAUGAAAAAGGCCAAACCUUCUACCACAAAAAUAUACAACCCCAGCUCCCGCAGUGCCUCGCUAGUCCUUGAAAUGGAAAAAGGAGCUAAGCCGCCUCCUGCUGCUAAUGUUGCUAAAGCGAAGAUUUCCCGACUGCCCCCAGCUUUGCCACCUCCCAAAACAUUACAGCCUGUGACUCUUCAACAAUUCACAAAGCCAUUUCCUUCACAACAAACUCCUCUGCCUCUGAGCCAUGGUCCCAGGUUGGUCACUAGUACUAAAAUAAGCUCUACUUUAGAGCCACCAUCUUACAAGGUAUACCAAAGGCCUGAGACUCCAGUUAACAGACCAGCACCCACGAUGAAUCAAAGCCCAAAGUUUGACCUUUCAUUCUUGACCCGCGCUAUCCUUAAAUGGGAAUAUAGAAUGCUUGAGAAUUACAAAACUUUUGGGAGUCCAAGUGAUCUAUGCCAACUGCCUCUGAAGGAGGUGCCAGUUAAGUUCCAGAGCUACCUGGAGUACUUCAACAGCUUGUACCCCCUGCUGCUAAUUAAUGCAUUUGAAGAGAUGGCUAGUGAAUGGCUCAGAGAGGGCAGGGUCAAGCUUAACCUAAAGGUCCUGGGUAUAGAAUACAGUAAUUCCACAGCUAGUGCCAGCUUCACAGUGGGCAUUUCUCAGGAAAGUGACAUGAAGCAACUGUACCCAAAAGAAGAUGACCUUGUCCUGCUUUGGCUGCCGAACAACAGACAAGCGUAUGCCCACGAUGAACCAAAUUUCCAUGAACCACAUCCUCAUUUUGGUUGUGUGUCCCGUUCCAUUGUUUCCAAAAAUCCAGGUUCCAUGUCAACCCUAAGCUUGACAAUUCAGACCCUUGGUAAUGUGUCUUCGGUGAAUGCCCAACCUGUGCUUUGUGAAGUUAUUGGAUCUUUGGUCAGCAUAUUCCGGGAGUUUCGUGCACUAUGUUUGCUGCAAAAUGGACCGAUGUUGCGUCCUGUUCUUGCUCCACAUGUGUCUUAUUUCACACACACUCUGAACAGCCCACCGGACCUGGACACAUCAGAGUACAACAGGGACCAGGCAAGAGCGAUAUCCUGUGGAGUUGCCAUGAUCGAAAGAACGCAGUCCUGUGGUCUUGCCACGAUGGAGAGAACGCCGAAGACCCCAAAAUUUCUCCUUAUUCAUGGUCCUCCAGGAACUGGAAAGAGUAAAACCAUUGGUGGCUUGUUGUACAAACUACUGUCUUCGGGUAUUAACAGUGUUGCUUCUGUGGGGAACCUUCACGCCAAGACUCGACGGACACGUGUUCUACUCUGUGCACCCUCUAACGCUGCCAUCGAUAGUCUGAUGAAGAAAGUCAUUGUGAUCUUUAAAGAAAAAUGCAGAAACAUCAACGCUCCUCAAGGCAACUGUGGUGACAUAAACCUGGUAAGAUUGGGAAAUGAAAGAACCAUCUCGAAAUCGCUAAAACCUUACAGCCUCGACCACCAGACUAAAGCUAGAGCACAGCGAGCCCAGCAAACUACAGGUGCUGACGUACAAACGCAGAAGGAGCAUCUGGACCGGGCUAUUGACAAUCUCUCCCAGCGAUGUGCAAAGACGCCAAAGGAUUCAAUUGAUUACAAGAAUAUGAUGGAGAGGAAGAGGCAGCUUCUGAAAGAGAGAGAAGGAUUGAGUCGGCAGAUUAAAGAGAGUCGCAGUAGGAGACAAGAGAGUCAAGCAUUUGUGCUGCAGAAUGCUAAUGUGAUCUGCUGCACGCUCAGCACCAGCGGAAGUAUUGUCCUCGAGAAUGCCUUCCGUCGACUCGGACAUGAACCAUUUAACUGCGUCAUCAUCGAUGAGGCUAGUCAGGCUAAAGAAACUGAGACGCUGAUUCCCAUGCUUUACAGAUGUCCUUCCAUAAUCCUCGUCGGUGAUCCCAACCAGCUUCCACCAACCGUUGUCUCGCUGAAAGCCAAGGAGUUUGGCUAUGAUCAGUCUCUUAUGGCACGGUUAUGCAAAAAUCUUCAUCCAUCAAACCCGCAACAUUCUCCCAUCCUCCUCCUCAGCGUGCAGUACCGCAUGCACCCUGAGAUCUGUGAAUUCCCCUCCAAAUACAUCUACAACAGUGCUCUUAAGAAUGAGUGUGAGACUGCCAAGAAACGCUGUUCCUUCAACUGGCCCUUCAAGCCCUACAAAGUGUUUGACGUGACAGAUGGGAGAGAGAUGAAGGAGAGAGAUUCAUUUGUUAACCCCAAAGAGGUCGGUUUGGUCUUGCUGCUGUUGAAGCUGCUGGGCGAGAAGCAGUCAGUGCGAGUGGGUGUCAUAACGCCCUACAACGCACAGAAACAACGGAUACUGGAAGCCGUUAGGAGAUCAGGCAUCAACAAACAACUUCAGGUGGAAGUAGAUACUGUCGAUGGCUUUCAGGGCAGAGAAAUGGACUGCGUCAUUGUGUCUUGUGUGAGAGCCAGCAGUGAAAUGGGUUCCAUCGGGUUUGUUGGAAAUCGGCAGAGGAUGAAUGUUACCAUUACCAGAGCCAAAUUUAGUCUCUUCAUACUGGGACAUCUACGCACACUCAGGGAACAAAGGGACUGGGGAGAGUUGAUUGAGGACGCUGGGAGACGGGAAGUUAUAAUCAAAACCAUGCAAAGAGGUUUUGAAAGUGAUGUCAAGAAGAUUCUUAAACGUGAUCCGCCGACUCGCAGUCUCUCUCAUCCCCCUGCUAUGCAAUCAAGCACUGUGACCUCACCUGUUUCACCUGUUCAGGCUCCGAUGGAAAUAGAGCCUGCGCCACGAUCCAGCCGUGACAUGAGCAGCGUUCAGCCACAGCAGGCUAUGCCACGUCUAAUACCUUUGGAGUGCCUUAAAGACCCACGGAUAAAUGAAAGGCCCACAGACCCACGCUUUCCAGAGCGGCAGCCAAUCAGAGAUCCGGGACAGGAGAGGCGGGGCUUACCAGCGCCACACCUCCAAACACACAGAGUUUAUUCAAAUGACGCUGACUCUCAAAGUACCGGCCAAUCUUCCAGACACUCUUCAAAACAUCGCGGUUCCUCACCGCCUAGACGAUACCGGAGAUAAAUUCAUUGUCCGUGUUUUUAUUUUUCAUUAAAGCUCAACCGCAAUCCAUUGAGAGAGAUGUUUUUUCCUCAUGUCCUCUUCUCCAUGUUUGAAAGCUCACAAAGUGUCUGUGUUAACUCUUUCUCAGGCAUAGGGAAUUCACUCGAUGGCAGUGCUUGUCUAAUCUUGGACUCCUCCUAAUCAUCCUUUGCUGCUAAACACAUUGAAUAUAGCUAUUUUAUUCAUGAAGAGGGAUGUUUUUUUUUUUUUGGGCCUUGAGUGUGCCUUCAAAAAAAAAUAUGAAUGCAAUAAUUGGACUUUCUUAAUAUGUUAGACAUGCUCAAAAAUAACCAAUUUUGGUGUAUCAUACUGUAUAGUUUGUCACUUAUUUAAAAGUAGUUUUGAUUUAAGGUUUGUUGCAUGGAUGGAUUUGCUGUGGAAGUGUGUUGAAUGCAGUGCCAUUUGUUUCUCAAAUUUGGUUGUUUUAUACUGGCUUUUAACAUACUGCAUGUGGUGAGUAGGUUUUUCGGUUAAACCUGGAUUAUAUUUGAUUGAGCCAACUGUUAGAAUAGAUUGUACAGGUAAUUUUGGUAACAACAGUAAUUAUUUAGGAGGAGUUAAAGAAGGCCAAGAACCAAACCAGGGGAAGUCUUCCUUUACAUUUUAAUUUCAAAUGUAAAAUGACAUGUUUUUGAAUUGUAAAUUAAGUUUGAAAUUGUAUAGUUGAAGUAUGCUAGCCAGAUAACUGGAGACUGAGCGAUUGGCCUGCUACUGUGGUGUUUUUCUUGAGUUUUACCUUUUGUGUGACCAGUUUUACAAAAGUGUACGAAGAGGUCUUUUUUUUGUACGGAUGCACUUUUUGUAGACAGGAAAUUAAAACAAGUUCUUUUUGUUUUUUUGUAUUUUUUGGACAUUUUUAUUGUAUUAUUACGUGGUAUUAAAUGACAAUCACUGCGCCAA